AUGCGGGAAGCCGUGCCUACGUUCGAGAACAACGCUUUCAUCCGAAAAAUCCUCCUCGAGGUUAAGACGCUUUUCGAGCGCAUGGAUGACUUGGUGCAGCUGUGCCUGCCCCAGGAGCAGCAGCACGAUGAAACGUCGUCAACACUCCGAAACGCGGCGCGUACUGCCAAGCGGGUUUAUUUCUCGGAGCAAAACCUCAAGAUCCUGAAGGAGUACUCGGACAAGCUCGACAGCAUCAAGCUAGACUUGAGCGUGCGAAUGCAGGUGGUGGCCAAGCAGCAGGCUAACCGCAUGGAGGCCUUCCUCACCCAAGACAAAGGGACUGACCCAUCGUUGAAAUUGAUGAAACGCCUGAUGAAGGGCAACGUCGUCGAUGAGGAACUUGAGGAGCUUGAUGAAACGUUGGGAUGCGGGUCUUUCGGUGUGGUCAUGGCCGGGAGAUACUACGGAAAGCCCGUUGCCAUCAAGAGGGCGUUGAGCAGCGUAUUUAGCGCUGAAGACAGGGAGAGAUUUAGACGGGAAGCGAGCACUCACUUCGCCCAGCGCCAUGAUCGAAUUGUCCAAGUCAUCGCGUUUCGCACCGGAGGUGGCUCCCGCCCUCCCUGUUUAGUCAUGGAACGCAUGGACCGCACACUCUUCCACUUCCUUGGGAUAAGCCCGGCUCCGCUCGACUUGUCUGGUUCCCUUCCAUACAUGAUCGACAUCUGUGAGGGGUUGAAGUACCUCCAUCAAGGUGGUGUGUUGCACCGUGAUAUCAAAAGCCACAACAUUCUGCUCCGCAACGGCGGGGCAAAGGUGUCCGACUUCGGACUCGCUACUCACGGCUGCUCAACUAUGGGCCGGAAGACUGGAAACAACCAGUUCAUCGAUGAGAAGGCCGGCACGAAAUUUUGGAUGGCCCCUGAAAUUCUCAGCUGGGGAGAGAGCUCUUUCGAUUCGGACGUGUUCAGCUUGCACGUGGUGCUGUGGGAGAUAAUCGAAAAUCGACAGGGGGGCACCGGCGAUGCGAUUGGUGACGUUCUUCGGAGGAACCGGCUCGCAAAACUUCCGAUUGAAGGGGAGGGGGACGAGCGCGACCCGGCCACAAUGCGCCUACACAAACUCAUCCGCACGUGCGGCUUACUGGAACGGAAGGAUCGACCGAAAAUCGGCGAAGUCUUGGCGGAGGCGACAAGCAUCUACGACUCGCUUCCUAGGUCAGGGGGUGCCGAGGAGCCCAGCGCGGCGACCACCUAUCCUCUACAGGGCCGUGAUGAGGAAGAAGGACAUCUCCGGCCAUCAGAAUCCAGAAGACGGGCCCAGGAGGCCGAAAAUUCCGACAGUUUGAGAGCUCCUUGGGGAAGUUGGAAAGAUUUUGACCCUUGCGGUGUGGGGGCCGAGAACAAACGCGAACAGGCUUCGGCUACCAGUGACGGCGGGAGCAACUGCGUCCCAACAACAGUUGCGACAUCGGCUUCGGAAAGCGAGGCAAGGAAGGGUGUCAAUCAAUCGCGGACCACGAUCUCGGAGCUUCAGCGCCAGCAGAGCAGAGCGCAGAGCCCGCAGGGGGCCGGAGGGGGCGCCGCAAAAAAAAACACUCCCCCCUCGGCGUACAACUAAUAAUAAUGCACUAUGGGAGGGGGGGGGUAGGGGGAGAGGGGGAACGAGCGAGAGAGCUGUGGGGUUUGUUUCUUAUUCGACACACUCCCCCGUAACCCCUCGUUUCUUAUGUAGUAGGGCAGCGGUCGCUGCUGUGUUUCUUAUUGAGAUAUUUCUUAUUGUGUGACUCAGAUUGAGCAAUGUUUCUUAACCCUAUUUUCUUAUUUUUCGUUAAAAAGUGAGCCUCAACUUCUUAACAAAAUAUUUCUUAAUUGCGGGCGCCAACUGU